CUCUCUCUCUCUUCCCACCUCAAAUUAUCUUUCUUUACAGAUCCUUGUUAAUUCAAAGUGUUGUGAUUAUAAUGGCAGCAUCAACUGUUAGAACGUAUGGUUUCGGUAGAGCCGACGAGGCUACACACCCUGACUCCAUUAGAGCCACUUUAGCUGAGUUCCUCUCCACUUUUGUCUUUGUCUUUGCAGCUGAAGGCUCCAUCCUCUCUCUCGAUAAGUUGUAUUGGGACCAUGCGGCUCAUGUUGGAACAAACACACCAGGAGGACUGGUACUAGUAGCGUUAGCUCAUGCGUUUGCUCUGUUCGCUGCUGUUUCUGCAGCCAUCAAUGUCUCUGGUGGACACGUUAACCCGGCUGUCACUUUUGGUGCUCUUAUUGGAGGCAGAAUCUCUGCGAUCCGUGCCAUCUACUACUGGAUAGCUCAGCUUCUUGGAGCCAUUCUCGCUUGUCUAUUGUUGAGGCUCUCCACAAACGGCAUGAGACCAGUUGGCUUCAGUUUAGCAUCAGGUGUUAAGGCACAUAAUGGACUCGUGUUGGAGAUCAUUUUAACAUUUGGCCUAGUCUACGUCGUCUACUCCACUUUGAUUGAUCCAAAACGUGGAAGCCUUGGGAUUAUAGGACCUCUUGCAGUCGGACUCAUAGUUGGUGCAAACAUCUUGAUGGGUGGACCGUUCUCUGGUGCCUCUAUGAAUCCAGCUAGAGCCUUUGGUCCAGCAUUGGUUGGAUGGAGAUGGGACGACCAUUGGAUCUACUGGGUCGGACCAUUCAUCGGUGGUGCUUUAGCCGCCUUUAUAUACGAGUUCAUGGUCAUCCCCACCGAGCCACCUGCUCACCACACCCACCAGCCCUUAGCCCCUGAAGAUUACUAGAUGGAGCCUUUCCACUCGGUCUUUGUUCAAUCUCUCUUUGUGUAUGGAAUCACUUUGCAUUAGAGUCUCUGUUUUGAUGCUACUCUUUGUUUGUUUGUAUUAAUAAGAACAAAGAGAGAUACUGCAGCAAUGAGUUCUUUUGAUAUU